UCCAACCGGAAGAGAGAAUGUAAACAAGAUAGUUGAGGAGAAGUAGAGACUUUUGCUGCGGGGCUAUCAUGAAUACAUCACCGUUUACUGGUUUUAUAAACGAUCUAAUGCCCUCGGACUGACUUUGUUUUACGCUUCUGAUAAAUUGUUCAACUUCCGCGAUCGAUCACAGUCUUCGUUUAUGCAUAUCUCGUUAGCUAGCUGCUAGCCAACGUUAGCUUCAGUGCUAAUCUCGCUGCGCUCACGGUUCAGCGGUAAAGUAGCCACUGAUGCCUGAGGAGGGGGAUCACACUGUGCCCCUGGUUCGAUCCCUGAACACACGGAUACAGAUCAGCGCCGUGUUCUGCAACCGCACGGCCCGUGUGGUCCGACCGCUGUGGAUAGAUUACCAAGGCCACGCUCAGAGCUACGAUGAUUUACAGCCCGGGACUGGACGGAGAAUGUCCACGUUUGUUGGUCACCCGUGGAUGUUCAGAGAUGCAGAGACAGGUGAUCCACUGAGGGUGAACAGCAAAGAGCUGUUCCUUCCUAAACCAGCAGAGGGGGGAGAUGCUACAUUUGCUAACAUCACUCUACCAGUUUACAGCCUCAAGGAUUGUGCUGUUCAGGCGAUUCGGCGUCUCGUGCGACCAGAAGACUACAGGAGGUUGGAGAUAGCGCGGUGUCUCCAUGAAGAACUGGAAGAUCGACCCAGUGUGCUGAAAGACCUGCACCGCAUGAACCAGCGAGUAGAGCAGCAUCUACUGGAGAGGAUCCAAGGCCAGGAGGAAUGAGACAUGAAACUGGACGGACAUUUUUUACUUUUGGGCAGCAAAUCCAUAUUAAACAUGAUCGGAAAGGCAAAAUUGAAAAAUGAGAUAAAAUGGAUAUAUUUUCUUUAAAUUAGACUUUGUUUGAUCUGCUGCCUAUUUGUCAUCUUCACUCAGUGGCUUUAGCAAAUGUCUUCCUCAGCAGCAAUAAACUAUAAGUAGCUUUUUCCCCUCAGUAAGUGGAGCUUGUAUAUAAAGUGACGACAGCGUCCUCUGUGGGAGAGCACUGUUUGUUCUCCAAUAUGUUGUCUUAAGGAUUUCAAUGUUCAUUUAUAAAUGGCCACUAUAGAAAUGGGGAAUUUCUUGCCAUCUGUUUGUGUUCUGCUCUACUUUAUAUUGCCAUAUACUUGCAUAUUGUGUUACGUUAACUCCUUAAACAAAAAUCCUAUUUAAUUGACAAGAAUAUUUUUUCAUGGAAUCAAUCAAAUUGAGAUGAGUCUUUGUUAAACAUUUAGGGAGAAUAGAAAUUAUGUUGUGAAACUCCCCCUUCAGUCCACCCACACAGAUGUUUUCAAGAUUAUGCGAGUGUGGACCACAUGUUUGACCAAGAGCUCCACUCUCCUGUUAGUACUGUACUUCACUGACCCCAUUCGUAUUGGCUCUUAAAGGUUUGUACAUCUAAAUCCCCCCCAUUUUGUGGUCUAGAGUAUUUCAAAUGUGCAGAGGCUGUAAUAUUAUUACAGGAGAUGACUGGUUACCAGCUAACUUCAAAACUCCCCUUAGAAAACACACUAUUACGUUAUCUGAGCUGUAAAAAGAAAAAAUCCCGAGCCUUUACACUUUAAAUGAUUGGGGCGAGUCUCUUCUACAAUGUUGUACUGCAGCUCAUUUCCUAUGGAAAAAAAAUGUGAUAGAUUGUCUUCAAAUUUUAAAGAUUUCGCUGUGAAACACUCGGCGAGGGGCUUAUAUUUUAGAUUUGUCUACUUUGUGUUCCUUUUCCUCUAUUGUUCUUCUAUGGAGACAUUGUUUAUUUAUGUAUAAAGGAAAUAUAUACUGGUGGGCA